CACCACUACUCUCUCUCUCUCUCUCUCUCUCUCUCUCUCUCUCUCUCUUAUAUCUCUUUACCACUUUCUCUGAACUCAAGGUUCCGUUCGAAGCCGGAGCUCCAUUUUUAUCGGUCUCAAGCCCUACCGAGUUGACUGCAAGCCGGCUUUCCCAAUGCCAAACAGGGAAAAAUACCAGCACCACAGUUUAUCAAACGGGACUUCCAGCUUUCAGACUAUCAACUUUUACUUUUCUCCCAGAUUCCAAGAAAGUCAGCAGAAGGGAUUUUCCAAGGAAACUGCAGAGAAGGUUGUCAAACACUACCUAAAUCUGGUUUGGUGACUCUUUAGCGUCCAUCACAUGAACAGAGCAGUGAUUGCCCAAUUGAGAUGCACAACGGAAUGCCAAUGGGGCCUACAAACAAAGAUCUUUUGGACUUGGAGCAGCAGAAACCUUCUUUUCUAGAGUCAAAGUUAUCAUUUUGCUCCAAUGAAACUACUUUGCCCAUAAAUAAGAAACAACCCAACAAUGGAAGGUCUGGUACCAAACUUGUUACAGCUCCAGUUCCUUCAAGCCAAGUCCUUGGGAAAGUGAAGGAUUUCUUGGGAGUUAUGGCGGAAGCAAACAAGAAGCUAGAGCUCAGUGUGCAGGAGACUCGUGCAGACCCCGACAUCGAAGUGCUUACCGGCAAGGAACAACAAUACAUUGAGAUGGACUUGGUUUUGGGUGUAGCUGAUCUUUAUACACCUGAAGCUGUAGCUGCAGCCGAAUCUGCCCUUUCUGGUACUGCUCCGGCUUUUUCUGUGCAUUCUGCUACUGCUAGUAGUAGUGGCAGUGGUACUAGUAGUAGCUCAGAUGGAGACGACAGUGAUAGCGAUGAGAGUAGUGGAUCACCUGAUAAAUGUGAGGAACCCACUUUGAGUGGUGAUUUGUUGAAGAGACAAGACAAGCGAAAAAAGCGGCCGAAGAUCACAGAGCUUCAGUGAUGCACUUCUUUUUCGGUUUCUUAGUUGAAAAUGUGUGGUGUUGUCCUGUUUAAAAUAUUUUGUAGCUAUUUUUACGCAAAUGACAUGUUUCUUUUCAAAUUCAAGUUGCUCAUUUUGCUUUUAGAUUAAAUACAUGUUAAUUGUUUCAGUGUUUUUCUAUUGCAAUAAUAACAGGAAGCAUUGCCUCCAAGGUUUGAGGAGAACGAAUAUUGGCCUUUUGCCAUUGCAUAUUUCGGUAUUUAAAAUUUUUCCAUUA